UCGCACUGUGACUGGGGCAGAGCGCGCCACACACGCGUCACACACGCGUCACACACGCAUCCCCGCCCGCGCGCACGGGGACGCCGCGAGCCCCGCCCACCCCGGAAAAGAGCGGCCGCGACUCGAGGGGGGAAAAACGCGCUUCGGUUCCGGUUCCGGUUCCGCUUCGGCACGAUGAGGGCCGCGCUCUGCCACGUGCUCCUCGGGCUGUGCGCGUGCGUGGCGGCGGCCGCCUCCGGCCUCUUCGACUCGGUGGCCCUGGAGCUGUCCUACGAGCACUACGCGGAGCCGCGCGUCCUCUGGCUGCCCGCCUUCCUGGCGAUGCCCUGCAACUGCCUCGUGAACGCGGGCUACGUGGCGGUGGGCGCGCUCUGGCUGUCGCGGCGCGCGAGCCCCGGCGUCGACGACGGCGAGCGCGCGCUCUACGUGAAGGACGUGUUCGCCGCCAUGGCGCUCGCCUACGGGCCCGUGCAGUGGGCGCGCCUCGCCACGCUGGCGCGCGUGCCCGCCGUGCUCGACCAGUGGCUCACGCUGCCUAUCUUCGCGUGGGUGCCCGUGUGGUGCCGCUUCGUGGCGCGCGGCUGGCGGCCGCGCGACGCCCUCGUGCUGCAGCUGUGCUCGCUGGGCAGCUACGCGCUGGCGCUCGCGCACGAGCGCGGCUUCGAGGCGGCGCUCGCCGCGCACGUGGCGCUGGCCGUUCAGCAGGGCGUGGCGCUGCAGCGCCGCCACGGGGACGCGCGCUCCCGCCGAUACCUGGGGGCCGCGCUGCUCUCGUGCUGCGGCUUCCUGCUGCUCAAGGCGCUGGACCUGCCGCUGGCCCGGUACCGCGCCUUCCGUCACCUCACGGGACACUUCUGGUCCAAAGUGUGCGACGUGCUGCAGUUCCACUACAGCCUGUGCUUCCUCACGCACGUGACGCGGCGCGCGCGCGCGCCCAGCAGCGCCCCGAGACGAGAGCGGCGGACACAGACAGAGAACAUCCGGAGCGGCGGAACAGAUGAGACCCGGGGUGGCGUGUGUGUCGCCGGCCCUCAGUAAACACACUGCUCUGCUUCACUGUCUUUCCUUCUCUGCAGUGAUGGUGACAGUAAAAAAAAAAAAAAAAA